UAUAUAUCGAUAGUCAUUCAAUCGCAAGUUCGUGUCGACACAUUUAUUUUAUUUAAUUUAAUUUCAUACAGUAAAACAACGCUGUGCGUUAGUUGCAUUUAAGCGGACCGGAAUAUCAGCAUAGACCUCUAGAGGAACACUACAAGCAUGAGUGCAGCAACUGAACAGCAACAGCCGAGCUUUGACAGCGCCCAGGGCGAUGCACAGCCAAGCUCAUCCACAACAUCCCAGCAGCAACAGCAACAGCAACAACAACAACAACAACAGCAGCAGCAGGAACAGCAGCAGCAGCAGCAGACAACACAAAACGCUACGGCAAGGCUGCUCCAGCAUUUUCAAACAAACCGCAUCGAUUCGGCACUUUGGGCGUUACGUCUGCUAGUUAUCUUCUUUACUGUCAGCUAUGUGUUGCCCAUAUUCACCUCACAGCAGAGCGCUUUCAACAAGGUGUUGCUUGCGAAUGCGGCCAUCUCGGCGCUGCGUUUGCAUCAGCGUGUGCCUGCAUUCUCGUUCAGCCGCGAAUUUCUGUCACGUUUGUUUGCCGAAGACUCGUGUCAUUAUAUGAUGUACUCGCUGAUCUUCUUUAGUAUUCGUCCCACAUUGCUGGUGCUCAUACCCGUUGCACUCUACUCGGUGCUGCAUGCGUCCAGCUAUUCGCUCAAGUUGUUGGAUCUUAUUGGCCAAAAUUCUUGGUGGACCGCACGUUUUGUCAUCUCAAUUGUGGAGUAUAAGGCGGCCAAUAUACUGAAGGCCAUCGCCUUCUGCGAGAUUUUCAUUAUGCCUUACGCCAUUGUGUUGACCUUCAUGGCCCAUGCUGGUUUGAUGACGCCCAUUAUCUACUACCACUACCUGGUCAUGCGCUAUAGCUCGCGUCGCAAUCCCUAUCCGCGCACCGCAUUCGCCGAGCUGCGCAUCACAUUUGAGACGCUGGCCGCUCGGUCGCCCCCAGUCGUUGGCAAGAUCAUACGCGGCGGCAUUGGAUUCGUGAAUCGCCUGGCACCGCAGCCACAGCCGGCGCCGGCGCAGUAGAGCCCGGACGGCAGCGACAAAUAUAUAAGAACCACAAUCAAAUUGACAAGCAACCAGCAAAAUCAUAAGCUAACUAAGUCUAUUUUAAAUACACACACACUACUGCACACACACACACACACGCACACGCACACAUACACAGAGACUCACAUCAGUGUUAAGGCUCACAUUUUGAAUUGUUAACAAAAUUUGUGACACCCUCGUUGGAACAUAAAAUUGAUUGGUUUACAGUAGAUAUUUUGAUUGGGCCCUUUUCUUUUACAACUACAAAUGAUCUACACAAUAUUUUUUAUAUUUUAAAAUUAUUUUUUUUCCAAAUUUCAACGUUCGUAUUAUUAACGUUAAUGCAGACAAUUAGUUAAAAUUUGUUGUUGCUUGCGUCAAUGCAAAAUUGAACAGAGAGAAGAUUAUGAAACAAUUGACGCUGAUUAUAAGUAUUUAUACAUAUAACAUCCAAUAUAUAUUUUUUAUGAAGCUACAAAGAAAACGAACAGAAAAUUGUAAUUGAAUAAAACAAAUGAGCAAGGAAAACAAAAACUGGCAACUAAUUAAAUUGUUCGCGUCUUAUGCUAAUCCGAUUAUCGUUUGUAAACAACAAUUAGUUUUAAAAUAUUUUUAUGUAAUAUAUAUAUAUACUGUGAAAAGUGAAAAAGUGUGUGUGUGUGCUUGGGCAGUUAUAUUAAAGUCUAGUUAGAAUGUUUGUUAAUUUGCGAACUUAACAAAUUAUGCAAUUUUCGACCUGAAAUCGGACAAUAUACAAGCGCUUACAAAUUGGAUUAAAAUAA